AGUCACCGCCUCCAACAAGUGCCAGAGCCGGACAGGCAGCGGGGAGGCUGCGGUGGCAGUGGCCGCGGAGCUGGCCCUGCGGGGCCCCUGGGGGGAGGGGGAGCCGUCAAGCCCCCGCUGAGGCCGCCGCUGCCGGGCCUCCCCUCCCCCCGGGGCGGGCGCCAUGCGGGGGGGCCCGGGCGAUGCGGAGCGGCGUCAGCGCUGGGGUCGCCUCUUCGAGGAGCUGGACAGUAACAAGGAUGGUCGCGUGGACGUCCACGAGUUGCGCCAGGGACUGGCCAGGCUGGGCGGGGGCAACCCGGACCGCGGAGCCCAACAGGGCAUCUCCCCUGAGGGUGAUGCUGACUCAGAUGGCGGCCUUGACCUGGAGGAGUUUAUCCUCUAUCUGCAGGAGCGGGAACAGCGCCUGCUACUUCUGUUCCACAGUCUGGACCGGAAUCAGGAUGGUCAUAUCGACGUCUCUGAGAUCCAGCAGAGUUUCCGAGCUCUGGGCAUUUCCAUCUCGCUGGAGCAGGCAGAGAAAAUCCUGCACAGCAUGGACCGUGAUGGCACCAUGACCAUUGACUGGCAGGAAUGGCGUGACCACUUCCUGUUGCAUUCGCUGGAGAAUGUGGAAGACGUGCUGUAUUUCUGGAAGCAUUCCACGGUCCUGGACAUUGGCGAGUGCCUGACUGUCCCGGAUGAGUUCUCGGAGCAGGAGAAGCUGACCGGCAUGUGGUGGAAACAGCUGGUGGCGGGUGCGAUGGCGGGUGCCGUGUCCCGGACGGGCACAGCCCCCCUGGACCGCCUCAAGGUCUUCAUGCAGGUCCACGCCUCCAAGACCAACCGGCUGAACAUCCUGGGAGGCCUACGGAGCAUGAUCCAAGAGGGGGGCGUGCGCUCCCUGUGGCGUGGCAACGGGAUUAACGUGCUCAAGAUUGCACCUGAGUCGGCAAUCAAGUUCAUGGCCUAUGAGCAGAUCAAGCGGGCCAUCUGGGGGCAGCAGGAGACACUGCAUGUGCAGGAGCGCUUUGUGGCUGGCUCCCUGGCUGGUGCCACAGCCCAAACCAUCAUUUACCCCAUGGAGGUACUGAAGACACGGCUGACCCUUCGCCGGACGGGCCAGUAUAAGGGGCUGCUUGACUGUGCAUGGCGGAUCCUGGAGCGAGAAGGGCCCCAAGCCUUCUACCGCGGCUACCUGCCCAACGUGCUGGGUAUCGUCCCCUACGCGGGCAUCGACCUGGCCGUCUACGAGACCCUGAAGAACCGGUGGCUCCAGCAGUAUAGCCACGACUCGGCCGACCCGGGCAUCCUCGUGCUCCUGGCCUGCGGCACCAUUUCCAGCACGUGUGGCCAGAUAGCCAGUUACCCCCUGGCCCUGGUCCGGACCCGCAUGCAGGCCCAAGCCUCCAUCGAGGGAGCCCCCCAGCUGUCUAUGCUGGGUCUGCUCCGUCACAUCCUGUCCCAGGAGGGCGUGCGGGGCCUCUACCGGGGCAUUGCCCCCAACUUCAUGAAGGUUAUCCCAGCCGUGAGCAUCUCCUACGUGGUCUACGAGAACAUGAAGCAGGCCCUGGGGGUCACGUCCAGCCACCGGAUCCCAGAUUUCCAAGCCCCGACCCACCAGAUCCUCACUCCUCAAACCACAGUCACGAGAGCCCAGUGGCAGAGGAGCGGGUGCUGGCGACUGCAGCUGUUGGACCCCAGAUCCCUUCACCGCAGGCACUGGGUACUAAAACUUCAUCCAUAAGAGGCAGACCCUACCACCUCCAGGCACUGGAUGCCAACCCCUUAACCCCUGGUUUCUGACCCGAGUCCUCCCAAGCACUGGAUCUUGAACGCUCAGACCCCCCAGUCUAGCUCCCAAUAGGCCAAUCGGUAUCCUGGAUCCCACGUGCCCCCGUCCCAGACACACACCAGAGCCCGGAGACCUCCCCCCAUGGCACAAACCCCAUAGUCUACGGAGCCUCCAGGAAACCCAGGUCCUGGCCUCCCAGCUUGAAAACCCACGGGACUUGUCCACUGUCCUGACACGUCUCAUGCCGGCCGCAAGGGGAGGAGUUGCCUCUCCCAGGCCCUGCACAGACACUGGACCCCCUACCUCCCCAGCAAAGCCUGGACUGCAGGGAAACUUCUCUCUCAAAUACUCCCCCAGCAGGGCCAUGUCUCACACCCCCUUCCCACUGUCUAGGCUGAUAACAACCCCCAGAGCCUGGGUCCCUCUGGAGGAUCCAGUCGCUCUUUCUUAGGGGCUGGCAAGGAGGCAAUACAAGGCUGGGGACACAUUAAGGGGACCGCACACAUCCCCCAGCACUGCCAGCCCCUCCCCAGACUUCAGAGUUGGAAGCCAGGAGCAGCUUCCCUAAACCCAAGCAACCAAGGAUGCAAAACAAACCCCAAACUCCCCAGUCCCCCAAAUUCAUUCCAGGUCUAUUUUUCUACCGGAGAGGAGCAGACAUCCCAUCCGCCCUAAUUCCCAGUACCCCCACCCUGUAUAUUCCGCACUUUAUAUUUGGAUUCUGAGCUUAGGCUUAUUGGGGGACCCCUCCAUUCCUUCCAAGUCCUUGGGGAACCCCAUUAAAGGACUGUAAAAGAAGAACUUGGAUUUGGGGGGGACGGGACGACCCCCCCCAAUGCUUCCACCUCCCCCACCUACACCACUCCCCACCUCCCUGCCUGUGUGUGUUAUUUCAAAGGAAAAGAACAAAGGAAUACAUU